UAGCCUUCGGGAAAACCCAAAGAAAGGACGCCAUAGUUAUAGCGUCAAAGAAAAAGUCGGUUACGCAAAAGACAUUUAGAUAGCAAAUUUUGUGGAAAGGUCCGUAUAAUUUCUGAACUUCUGUUGAAUAAACCAAAAGAGGAAAGAAAAGAAAGUCAUUUUUCGUCGACAUUUUUUAUCAAAUUUUGAUAAGAGUUCUCGUACUUGACGGGACUGCCAGGUCUUUUCAAGGAAAAGCAGUUGGAGUAGACAGUCAGGGCACCAUGGCAACAGCAGCAUCCGCAGCACCAAGUUCCUCUUCGCCUCCUUCUUCGCUCCAAGCUGAUGCAGUACCUUACAACAGUUUAUCAAACAUACGUCAAGGAGGGUACCCAAAGGAAAUUUUUGAGAAGAAAGAAGACCAGGAAAAAUUUGCAUGUAGUUUUUGCCGACAGAUUCUCCGGGAUCCACAUGGAGCAUACUGUGGCCAUAGAUUUUGUGCUUCAUGCAAGGAGGCAAUAAAAGAGUCCAAGAAUCUUCUCUGUCAAUCAUGUCUAGAUGAAGGAUGUAGUACGGAAGAGAGCACACUGAAUCCUGAGGAGAUGUAUCCAGACAGAGGGAUAAACAAGGAGAUGGCCAGACUGCGAGCCAAAUGUCCGAAUGAGAUGUGUGUCUGGGCUGGUUUAUUCAGGGAAUAUAUAGAGCAUGAAAGUAACUGUAAAUUUCAGCCAAUGGUAUGUGAAUUGUGCAAAGAGCCCGUAUCAAGGUCGAAAAUGGAUACACACAAACGCUCUCAAUGUUCGCAGCGGAAGAUCAAGUGUGAACAUUGCCAUAUGGACAUGCCAUAUGCCAUGAAAGAGCAACAUCAGAAGGAAUGUCCAAAGGCACCGGAAACAUGCAUUCAAUGUUCAGCAAAAGUGUCCAGAGAAAAGCUGUCAAAACACUUGAAUUUUGAAUGUCCACAGAGGAGUAUUCCAUGUCCUUUGGACAACUGUUCUAGCCCGCUGCCUUUGGAACGCUUUGUCGCCCAUCUUCAGAAAAACACAGGCAAACACUUGCAGUGGGUGAUGACACAAAUUCUUGAGCUAGCAGACAGCAUCGAAUCACUCAAAGGAGGCAGUGCCAGUUCUGGUUCAAAGAACAUCACGUUAACAUCGAGACAGCAGUCAGCAAGUGGAGUGUCUGAUGGGCUUGGUGUUUUAUCCGCAAAAGUUGAGCAACUGGAACAAGAAAUACGGCGAAUCAUGCAGCAGCAUCCUCCACUAGAAGGAGCAAUUGGGGGAGUAGAGUCACCAAGUGUUGAUGGAACAGCAUCAGCUUCUAAUGCUGGCACUAUGGAAGUCAGCACUGAACGGUUUACAGCUAUGGAGAUCAAGGUCAGCUCCCUAGAGCCCAUCUUGAGUGUCCUGCAUGGAGAAAUGAACCGGUGCAUUGCUGCUGUCGAGAGCCUUGAGAGCCGGUUUCAGCAGGAGAUAAUUCAGACACAGGAGUUGCGACGAAAGAUGGAACAGUAUGACCAAAGCAUUCAGGCAGUGAACACCAGUGUUUCUCAGUUUGAAGUCAAGAGCAGGGAGUUAGAGCAUAGGCUCCUCAACCUUUCACAGGACCAAGCAGAUGGAACUCUCCUGUGGCAGAUUCCCAACUUCAGCAAGGUUCGGGCAGACGCAGUAUCAGGCAAAGUGUCCAACAUCCACUCACGGCCAUUCUACACCGGGCCAAUUGGUUACAAAAUGUGCGUCAGGCUUUACCCCAAUGGUGAUGGAAUGGGAAAAGGCACUCAUUUGUCAUUGUUCUUCACCAUUAUGCGCAGUAACCAUGAUGCUUUGCUGCCCUGGCCCUUCAAGCAGAAGGUCUACUUUAUGCUGAUUGACCAGAACUUCAAGAAGCACGUUGUGGAUGCCUUCAGGUCUGAACCAACCAGCUCCUCUUUCCAGCGUCCUACAUCAGAAAUGAACAUCGCCACAGGAUGCCCUUUGUUUGUGGCUCUGUCCAAGCUGACUACUUCAGGGCUCGGGUACCUGAAGGACGACACAAUGUACAUUCGUGUAAUGGUGGAAACUGAAGGCUUAGACCAGCAUCUGAAGCAGUUUGACCCACGCAGUAUCCCUUUGUCAACCAAUAAUUAGACUUUUUUUAUGUAUUUAGAGGUACUGGACCUCAACGACCUGCCAUUGAGCAUGUGUUAUGAAUUCGCUUGAAUAUUUUAACUGUUCCCUUACAGUUUCCACCUGCGAAUGUAAAUGUCUUCAGAGCUGUAGCGCUCAGUGGUGUCAAUACACCUGCACUGAAUGAGUUAACGAAGCUUCACUUUCAGGUUGACAUGUUUAUUUGGAUGUGGAAGUUCUUGCAAUGUAUACUAAAUUUCCUUUUCUUUAAUAAUAAAUAUUUAUGUUGUACAUAGAUUCCUCUAGGCCUGUGGCAUUUACAAAACAGCAAAAAGAAAAACCUCUUAGACUCCAUUCGUAAAUAAGCACACACAAAUUCAUUAAACCUAAAUGCAGUACACCUCUAACUGAUCAGCUGCCCAAAGUAUGUCUCACAACAUUAACAGGAAAAAGUGUUAAGUAAGGGCUUAUUUUGAAUUGCUUUCUUUGGAAAAAUUUUUUAAUUUUAAUUUGUGCGUAUCCUCGCUAACUUUCACACUGUUAAAAAUGUGACAGAAGCAAAAUUGUAAUAUUUGAGAGAUUUUUAUGAUGUGCAAAUAUGCGUGAUAAAAUGAUUGUAUUGUGUGAAUGUUCAGUUCAUGAUAAAUUGUUUGGUAUGGAGAAAUAGUCAAAAACGAAAAAAAAACCCGUUGAAUUGAAAUCAGGCCUGUGUUUAGAAAUACUGCUUUAGUACAUACAUGAAUAUUUCAGUGUGGCAGAUUAUUUCGUAACACUGCCAACGAGUCUGAGAAGCUUGUGUAGUUGUAGGUAUGAUGUUUAUCUCCUCUUCAAUAUUUUUUGUUCCUUUUUAUUAUUGGGGCACCGGUGGCACAACAUUUAGUGCCUGUCACCAACACAGUGAGGGUUGGCUGUCCUGGGUUCAGCUCUUGGCUCGAGCAUGCUGUUCUUUCUCAGCUUGUGGGAUUUGUUUACAGGGCUGGUUGCCUUGCCAUGAUAUAGCCUUAGCUGCUAGCUCUGUGUUAAAUAUCAAUUUCUUCCCCACCCAACCCCUACUUAUUCUUUUUUAUUUGUCUCUUUGUUGAUUGUGACUGAAGAAGUUAAAAACAAUUCUUAUUGUAUAAUAAAUUUAAGAUGUAAUAAAUAUACAAGCGGUUUUGAA